AUGGUAGAAAGGCUCCCAGGAGCAGCUCCUCCCAUUCGAAGAAGCAAUCAGGGGUCCUACUCCGAUACACAUUUCGUGGAAGAGAUUGCCUCGGUAGAGAUGCCGCGAAAGUUCUCUUUCCCAAGCAUAAAGAUGUACGAAGGUACUGGGGAUCCCGACAAUCACAUUGCUCAGUACAAGCAACACAUGCUAGCAGUAGCAAUCCCUCGUGAUGCACGGGAAGCUACCAUGUGUAAAGGAUUCGGAUCGACCUUGACCGGCCCUGCUCUUCAGUGGUAUACCAACUUGCCCACCAAAUCCAUCAAAUCCUUUGCGGCCCUUAGCGAUAAAUUCAUGGAGCAGUUCGCUAGCAGCCGUGACCUUGAGAAGAAUUCGGAUGAUCUCUAUGAGAUCCUCCAGCAUAGGAAUGAUCCCCUUCGUUCUUACAUAGCUCGCUUCAACCAGGCGAAGGUAGCUAUUCCUGAGUGCAACGCUGAUACGGCUAUCUCAGCCUUCAAGAGGGGUCUACUUCCAGAGGGAGACCUUUACAAGGAGCUGACCAAAUACAAAUGCAGAAUUAUGGAAGAUGUGCUGUCUCGUGCUUGGGCUCAAGUAAGAUGGGAAGAAGAUGUCGCUAGUAGGGCUAAAGCCUGUGCGAAGUAUGAUCAGAAGACAUCAAAGCCUACAAGGAGUGAACGCGACAAGCCUUCUCACUCUAAACCCGCUAGGGAGACUGGUAACCCGAACAAGGGCAGGUAUCAGCAUCGACCUUUGCCUUGA